AUGGCCACGGCCUCGGCUACCAAACCGACUGGUGCAGCCAUGCUAGGGAUCUCGUCUGGCGGGACGGCCGCAGGUCGCUCGUCUCUGUCGGCGUCGUCGUCGUCCUCGGCCGUGCCAUCGUCAGACUCUGUGCAGGAGCAGAUCCGUCAGCUCAAUGACGCCCGCAAGCUCGUGCUCGCAAACGUCAGCUACUACCCGACUAUCGUCCAGGGCAUCCUGCCCAUUCUCAGUCCGGCCUCUCUGCCGCAGCUGCGGCGAUGGGGCGCCGAGUUCCUGGCAGAGGCAUUUGCAGCCCCAGCACUGCCGUCGCGCGACAAGGAGACGCUGAGCCUGUUGGUGCUCGAGAGCCUCAAGGGCAUGGUGGAGAACGCCAACGAGGAUGCGCUCGUGCUGCAGAGCAUCGUGCAGGCGGCCGCCAGCAUCUACCCGCUGGUGAUGCGGUGGAUCAUCAACAACUCGUAUGACACGCCGACAUGGGAGCGCAUGACAGCGAUCAAGUCACGCAUCCUGCGGCUGUGGGAAUCGCCGGUGCCGUCAGUGCAGAUAUGCUGCAUCAAGUUUGCGCAGCGCGUGGUCUUGGCUCAGACUCACGGCGUCAACCAGGAGCACAAGCGUGAUGGCCUCGACAUUUCGCUUGGCCUCAUCUCGCAGGGACACCCGCUGCUCGACCCGCGACACCUCGAGGCGGAAGCGACGGGGCUUCUGGACCGCAUGCUCGGUGUCUUGCAGGACAACAGCAGCGAUGCGCUCAUCGUCGAUGCUACGCUCAACACGCUCUCGAUUCUCAUCCGCACACGACCAACGACGUCCAGCCGGGCCAUCAAUGCGAUCCUCAGUUUUAACCCGCUGAAGCUGGCCAGCGGACACAUGACACCAAGGACACGGGUCGUGGUCAGGUCGAUGGAGAAGACGACGCGGAUGCUUCUCAUCCACCUGACAAAGCGGGACCCACACAACCCUUUUAACGCACGGAUACACCAACACAUUGAGCGGCUCAUGCGGUCGCGGGCGGAGAUGCUAGACGACGGCGGGCGCAAGCGGGCGCUCGCAGACCAGCAGGCGGCAGCAUAUGGCGACACCAAGCGGCAGAGGCUGGCGACAGGAGCGGCAGCACCGCAGAUGGUGGAGAUCAAGCCGCUGGCGCCGGGGCAGAACAGCUUGGCAGACAUCUUUGCGCUGACGUCCAAUGCACAGCAGCGGGCGUUUAGUGCAUCACAAGUGCCACUAGAUUUGGCAGCCAAAAUCAGCGUGUCGACGCUGGCGCGAGUGGACCAGCAGCUGCUAGACCGUGCCAUCCAGGGCAUUCGCGACCGGUUGGUGACGCUGGAGGCUGCCUCGACGCAUCUGUCGCUGCUCAACCCCGACACGACGCCCCUCGAUGUGGCAGACGACGACGACGAUGACUACGAGCCGGACUUUUCGACGGCAGAAGACGCGGAGCAGAUCCUCAACAAGUUCGACAUGGACGACGGGACCGGGCGGGAGGUCGGCAAGGCAGACGUCGGAGCGGCCACGGCAGCAGCAGUAGUAGCAUCGUUGGCGCUGGGGGCAUUCCAUCUGCCGGUGGCGCCGCCGCUGUCAGCAGAACAGGCAGUGAAGGUGGGCGAGGCGACGGUGGCACGAGUAUUUGACACGAUGCAGUCGUCAUCGGACGUGACAGCAGCAGCAGGAGGAGGAUCGUCGUCAGGGGCUGUAGCGUUGCGCAAGGCAGGCAAGACAGCUGGGCUGGGCCGCGUGGCGGCGAGCUCUUUCGACAGAGAGUCAUGGACGACGAUUCUGACGCGACUGGCGACGCGGUCAUUGAGCGGACUCGAGGGAGAGGCCGAAGAGGAGGACGGAGGGGGUGACGAAAAGGCGGUGACUGCGGCGAUCAAGAGAGAAGGUUCGGACCGUCAAGCAGGGACGCUGCUGAACGACAGCAUCCGAGAAUCGCUGUUCCGAUAUGUGCUGGAGGACUUUCGGAAGCGGAUCGACGUGGCAGUGGCCUGGCUUUGUGAAGAAUGGUACAACGACCAGCUGGAGCGCAAGUACGGCAAAACAGAAGGCAGCAGCAGCAGCAGCAGCAGCGACAUGGGCGGACGACACUACGAUAAGUGGGCGCUGCGCCUGCUGGACGGCUUUCUGCCGUAUCUACACGGACAGGACAAUAAGGUGCUGACGCGGUUUCUGAGCGAGAUCCCGACAUUGAGCCGCGGGCUGCUGCAGCGCGUCAAGAGCCUGUGUCGCGACCCGUCGAUGGUGCCGGUGGCGCUGACUAGCCUGCUCUAUCAGCUGAUGAUGCGGCCACCGGCACGGGCGCUGACGCUGGACACGAUGGAGGAGAUAUGGAUUGAAUACGAGGAUGCACGACCCAUGGCGACCAAGUAUCUGGACAAGUGGCGGCCAGGGUUUGUGCAAGGACAACGAGCGGCAGAGGAGAGCAGCAGUGCGGAAAAGGCUGAGGGAGUGGCAGUGGUGGCAUCGUGA